AUGUUUCUCCGCAGGGAAUUCGGCUUUGUCACCCCAGCGGGCCUUGUGUCGCUGCCGUGUCGAUCCUUCACGCGUGGUGUUUGCCAGAUUGCAGCUCCACAACGUCACGGUUUCUCCACAUCCACCCGUCGGUUGCAACAUUCACCCUCCCAGUCCAAUCCCAGCUCGGUGCGCUGCGAACUAACUCAGAAUGAAACCGGAAAGGAAACCACAGAUCGUAUGGGAAAGACCCUAGACAGCGUCCAGUCGGCAUUUAGUACUGUCCGCACAGGCCGUGCGUCGACGUCGAUGGUAGAUCGUGUUAUGGUGUCGUACUACGAUGUUGAAACGCCAUUGAACCAACUUGCAAGUGUUUCGCUGAGCGGGACGUCGACAAUCUUGGUCGAACCAUAUGACAAAAGCUGCAUGGGCGACGUGGAGCGAGGAAUAAUGGAGUCUGACGUAGGUAUUACACCAAAUAAUGAUGGAAGCUGUAUUCGCUUGAGUGUUCCACCGCUAACGGAGGACAGGAGGAAGGAACUCGUCAAGCAAGUAAAGGGACUGGCAGAGGAGGGACGCGUGGCUUUGAGAAAUAUCAGGAGAGAUGCCGUGGACUCGCUGAAGAAAUUGGAAAAGAAGAAGGAGCUCGGAAAGGACGAGAGUAAAACCCUGCAGAGCGAAGUACAAAAGAUUACCGAUAAGCACGUGAAGCGCAUCGAUGAGCUCUUAAAGCAGAAGGAAGCUGAUAUCCUGAAAGUAUAG